AUGCCUGCUGCACGACCUACGACUCCGCCUCGGGCGACUGUCCCAGCUCAGGCACAGUCGCCACUAACACCAGAGCAGGUACGGCGCAUGGAGAUCAACCGACUCAAAGCAAAAGCACUACGAGAGCAGAGAGAGGCCGAGGCUGCUAGUGUGCCACCAUUGUCUAGACAGAACAGCAGCGUCGCUGGACAGAAGCGCAACUUCGAUGCAUAUGCUGGAAAAUCUGCGGCUGCACCUGCACCUGCACCUUCUUCUGUCCGAGAUGCGAAGAAUAGGCCGCUAGACGAUAUCAAGCCUAUCCGUAGCACUCUAGGAAAAUACAUUGAGUACGACUUCUCCAAGAUGACUGAUACCAAGGGUGGUUUCUUGACUGCAGAGGAUGAUCCCCAUAACAAAGCAAUGCGAUCAGCGGAAAAGGAUAUGAAACCUGCACAAAUGACACAGAAGGAUUGGGAGAGGCAACAACUGCUUAGAUCGCUGCGCAACCAGCAGGCAGGACCUUUUGAGCCUGGUAUAAGUGCUAUGACCAUGAAGGACGAACAGACUAAGAAGUGCAGAGAAUGUGGCGCGUAUGAGAUCGACUUCAAGUGGUCAGAUAUCUUCGACAUUGCCGUGUGCAACACAUGCAAGGAGAAAUUUCCCGAGAAGUACAGCUUAUUGACCAAGACCGAGGCAAGAGAAGACUAUCUCUUGACCGAACCCGAACUGAAAGAUGAGAAAUUACUGCCACAUCUAGAGCGACCGAAUCCCCACAAGUCGAACUGGCACAACAUGUAUCUUUACCUGAGACUUCAAGUAGAGGCCUACGCCUUCUCCGACAAGAGAUGGGGAUCGUCUGAAGCUCUCGAUGCGGAAUUCGAACGUCGACAAGCCGAGACAAAGCGACGGAAAGAGACCAAGUUCAAGAACAAACUGGCCGACUUGAAGAAGCGGACACAAGUCGAAGCUUAUCGUAGAAACCGUGCUGGGAAUAGUAGUCAGUUCGGAGACGAUUUAGGCGACGGUAAGCAUAUUCAUGACUUUGGUCGUGCUGUAGAGAAUCCGGACAGCGGCAUACCGGUAAAGCAGUGCCUGGGGUGUGGUCUGGAAGUAGAAGAGUUGGAACUGUAG